CUUUCUGCUGUUUUUUUCAUGUCUGUUUAUUUGCACAGUAACUGAAAUGGAAACAAAUGCAUUUCGAAGCCCGCAAAUACUUUUAAAAGGAAGCUUGAAAAAAUCACAGAACCUGGAUCCAUGGAAUGACUGUCUGUUCGUUCUUACGACAGAGACACACUAUAACCAGGGACAAUGCACUCUAGAGUACUUCAAAGACGAGAAACACUUCCUAAGAAACAAACCAGAAGAAAAAAUACCAAUCCAAAUAGUUAGAGAGAUGGGUAAAUGGGAAGCACUGUCACUGGGCAAAGCCAAGGCAGAUAUGGACUGCGCUUCACCAGUUCUGUACCUGAAAACAACAGAAAAAGAAUACUUCCUCAUUGCAAAAUCCAGGGAGGAAUUGGAUGAAUGGUAUUGCCAGUUACAGGAAGUCUGGAAAAAGCACGUACGCCGCAGUGUCCCAGGGCCUGUGGAAAAGCCUCCUCUGGCUCUGAAACGGUCGGCCCCUGCCUGUGUGCAGAGGGCACACCACCAUUCUCCACAACAAUAUGAAAUCCAUCCAUGUCAGCUAUAUGAAAUAAAACGCUAUGACAAAGAAGAUUGUAUAUUUGAUCCAGGAGUUCCUGCAGAAAAUAACUUUGAGACUGAGGAAGUUCAGCAGCAGAAUGGUAAAAACCAAAGCUCAUGCCCCUCAUACCUGUGAGUUAGGUCAAGGACAGUGGAAUGCAAACCGGAGAGCCCCAAUCCAGACUCAGAAAGAACCCUCACAGCCAACCUGAACACGCCAGUGAGCAAAGCG